UAACGUCAAUUCCCUUGACGAUAAAUCGCUUCGGAAGUUCGCGUUUCACUUUAGUAAAAGCACGCUGGACGAGCUGCUGCUGGCGUCUGCUUUCUGUUUCUCUGAGUGCGCUGUCUGUAACGGAAAGGCAACGGGUUUGGCUCCGCGAUGUCCGGGCACGGUCACGGUCACGGUGGGCACGGCUGCGGCGGGUGCGAGGGGGAGCAUGAGCCCGCGGAGAGGGGCCUGGAGUACGGACUGUACCUGCGGAUCGACCUGGAGAAGCUGCAGUGCCUGAACGAGAGCAGAGACGGAGACGGGAAGCUGGUGUUCAAACCGUGGGAUAAGCGGAACGAGCGGGACCAGUAUGUCGAGAGUGACGCAGAUGAAGAGCUGCUGUUCAACAUCCCUUUUACAGGCAGCGUAAAGCUUAAGGGCAUCAUCAUCUCUGGAGAAAAUGACGACUCUCAUCCAGCUGAGAUACGACUGUACAAAAACAUCCCUCAGAUGUCCUUCGACGACACCGGCAGAGAACCUGAACAAGCCUUCAGACUCAACAGAGACCCUGACGCUGAGCUGGAGUACCCAACCAAGAUUGCUCGUUUUUCCAAUGUUCAGCACCUCUCCAUCCACAUCUCAAAGAACUUCGGAGCAGAGAGCACCAGGGUCUACUACAUCGGUCUGAGGGGAGAAUACACGGAG